CCCAAGAGUCCUAAAAAUUUUACUCCCACUGUACAUAGGGACCACUGACCGAGCAAGUACAUACUCCUGUUAUCACGACGUAAUCGCUCGCGACCAAGAAGGUUCAGGUUGUGCCGUGGCCUGUGGGUGGGGCAGCGUCUUUCCCAGCCUAGCACGCUAAAAGAGGGCCAAACAACCUCUUUGCCCUUUCAAGUGGCCUACCCGUCUUUUCCUCCAGCAUCCACCUCAUCAACAUACCUAAGAGCUGCCUCUACCUCACACUUCAUUGACGCCUGCUGUAUUUUCUCGCGUCACUGUUCAUAAUUACUCUUGCAGACUCCUCUAUACCCUAUUUCACAAGCCUUUUUGCUUCUCUUGAGCGUGCUGCGCGUCCCUGAAUAUACGUGUCGAACCCGAUUGACAUCAACAAACCACAUAUACACCAAGAUCCGAAAACUUGUCCCACAUUCUUCUCGGUUCAUCUCAUUGCUCUUGCAUUAUCUCGACCGAUUUCUUGAGGUCGACAUACUUGCGUCUGCGACGUGCACAGUUACUGAACCAAGACAUUAUCUUAAAUCUUGCUAUAAUCUGUCGAGGGCUUUUCCUGCUCCUCGCGCUCUCUUCGCUAUGCCUCCGGCUCGAAACCUCCGCACGCGAGGCACCAUGAAUGAAAACGACGAGAAUGGUCCCUCAACGCGUCUUACUCGCGCCAAAGCCGCCGCCCUGACAACAGACGCCCCUGCUGCCAAUGGAGCCCUCAAGAAACCCCUUCAGACAAAGAAAGCCGCCACUGGCGCCAACGGCACACAAAGAAAACGUGCUGCGCUUGGUGAUGUUAGCAAUGUCGGAAAGGCGGACAAUGGCGAGACCAAGGACGCGAAGAAGGCCACAUCCAAGACCGGCCUUACAUCAAAAGCUACCAUGCAGUCGGGGGGCGUUCAAAAGCUCAGCCGCAGCAAUCUAUCCCGUACCGCCGUCGGAGCAAAGGACAACAAUGUAAAGAAACCUGCCACAGAGGCAAAGCGCCCUGGAAGUGGGUCUGGUAUGGGAAGCGCGAUGAAGCGCACAUCCAGCCAAAAGUCUCUACAGGAAAAGACCAUCCAACAAGAAGAGCCUCCCCGCAAGAAGGUCGACAUUGAAAAGGUCGUGGAAAAGCAGGCUGAGGCUGUCUCGGUUAAGGGGGAUGUUAAGGCAGGGGCACAAACAGAAGAGCUUGAAAAGCCUCAAGAUUUCGUUGCCGACCUAGACACUGAGGACCUGGACGACCCCUUGAUGGCUGCUGAAUACGUGGUGGAGAUCUUCGAUUACCUUCGCGAGCUGGAGAUGGAGACGUUGCCAAACCCUGAUUACAUCGAUCACCAGCCAGACCUUGAGUGGAAGAUGCGCGGCAUCCUGGUUGACUGGCUCAUCGAAGUUCACACUCGCUUCCGUCUUCUUCCUGAAACGCUUUUCCUUGCCGUCAACAUUAUUGACCGUUUCCUCUCUGCCGAAGUGGUCGCCUUGGACCGUCUCCAGUUGGUUGGUGUUGCUGCCAUGUUUAUUGCUUCCAAAUAUGAAGAAGUUCUCUCCCCCCAUGUCGCCAAUUUCAGCCACGUCGCCGACGAAACCUUCUCUGAUAAGGAGAUCCUGGAUGCCGAACGUCACAUUCUGGCCACGCUUGAAUACAACAUGAGCUAUCCCAAUCCUAUGAACUUCCUGCGCCGUAUUUCCAAAGCAGACAACUACGACAUUCAAACACGUACUCUUGGAAAGUACUUGAUGGAGAUUAGCCUGCUUGAUCACAGGUUUUUGGGCUACCCUCAGAGCCAAAUCGGUGCAGCAGCCAUGUACUUAGCUCGUCUGAUUUUAGACCGUGGUCCUUGGGAUGCCACUCUUGCCCAUUACGCUGGCUACACCGAGGAAGAGAUUGAUGAAGUUUUCCGGUUGAUGGUUGACUACCUCCACCGUCCCGUCUGCCACGAAGCAUUUUUUAAGAAAUAUGCAAGCAAGAAGUUCCUUAAGGCCUCUAUCAUGACACGGCAGUGGGCCAAAAAAUACCACCAUCUGUACAUUGACAGCGCGCUCACAGAGCCGUACAACUCCAUCAAAGACAACGAAUAGAGAAAAGUGGUCUUCGACAGUCUGCGUAUUCGUUAUCUGAGGCUAGGAGUUGGUUGAUUUAUGUUGGCAUUUUGUUUGUGAUGGGUUAGGCAACUCUUGCAUAUGUUUACGACUGCAUCCUGGUUCAAUUGCGGACAUUGGCAUUCUUCGGUUCCUCGGGGGGGUGUCUGGCGCUUUUUGUUUUAAUGGCUUGUUUCUAUUCACUUCUCUAUAACUUCUUGGUGUCUCCGGGAUACUUUGCCUUUGCUUAAUGAACUUUUCUGACGUUCAGCAAUACUACAUGUUAUC